CCGGUGACGUCACCGCCGCCGUCGCGGCCGUGACGCGCGGGCCGGGCCGGACCGGGCCGGGCCGGGGCAGGACGGGGGGUAGGCGGCGGCGUGGGCCUGGCCCCGGAAUGGCGAUGUUCCGCAGCCUGGUGGCCUCGGCGCAUCAGCGGCAGCCGCCGACAGGGCCCGCGGGCGGCGACAGCGGCCUGGAGGCACAGUACAGCUGCCCAAUCUGCCUGGAGGUCUACCACCGGCCCGUGGCCAUUGGCAGCUGCGGCCACACGUUCUGUGGGGAAUGCCUCCAGCCGUGCCUGCGGGUACCAUCUCCCCUGUGCCCACUCUGCCGCCUGCCCUUCGACCCCAAGAAGGUAGACAAGGCUGCCCAAGUGGAGAAGCAGCUCUCGUCCUACAAGGCACCCUGCCGGGGCUGCAACAAGAAGGUGACCCUGGCCAAGAUGAGAGUGCAUGUCUCCUCCUGCCUGAAGGUCCAGGAGCAGAUGGCCAACUGCCCUAAGUUUGUCCCUGUGGUGCCCACAUCCCAACCCAUCCCCAGCAACAUCCCCAACAGGUCCACCUUCGCCUGCCCAUACUGUGGCGCCCGCAACCUGGACCAGCAGGAGCUGCUGAAGCACUGUGUGGAGAGCCACCGUAGCGACCCCAACCGCGUGGUCUGCCCCAUCUGCUCGGCGAUGCCCUGGGGCGACCCCAGCUACAAGAGCGCCAACUUUCUGCAGCACCUGCUCCACCGGCACAAGUUCUCCUAUGACACCUUCGUGGACUACAGCAUCGAUGAGGAGGCCGCCUUCCAAGCUGCCCUGGCCCUGUCUCUCUCUGAGAACUGAGGGCAGCACAGCCUCCUGCCAAGCGGGGCCAGGCUGGGUCCACACCUGCGCUGGAUCAGGGGGCCUCCACGCCUGCACAAGGAGCACCUGUCCACAAGCUUCUGGAGCCUGCAGAGACGGAGGCCGGCCGCUGUCCCUUUGCUGUGAGAGCAGGGCCACCAAGGUCCUGGCCGGCAUUGCUGGGCUAUUCGGUGCUUCGGGCUGAGCAGGCCACCUCGUGGGCAGUGCAGCCAGCUGCCCCUUCAGAGCCAUGAUGUCCUUGGGAGAAGAGGCGGCCGGCAACCUGGCUGCAUGAAACAGGCCCCGCAGCUGUGGGGAGAGCUGGGGAGGAGCCUAGUAGCCCACCCCACCCUGCCCCACUUCCACCUUGCGCGUUUGGUACCGGCUUUUGUGAUACUUAAAGACCCUGGCAUUUUUCUAUAUUAUCCAGUGUCAUGAUCUUUUCAAGUUUUAUAGAGCAAAAACAAAGCGGUUACUCUUCAUAUUGCAAUAUCUGUGUUUGACUAGGAAUAAUAGUAUUUUUAUGGAACAUUUACAAAAUUAUAUUUUUUAAAAAAAACAAAAAUAAACGUGGAUUCGGGGCAAGAAGGGGAGGAUGGAUUGGGCAGUCCCGUGAGCCAGGGGGCCAAUGCAUCUCACCAGGGUGUGCGGGGUGGGCAGCCCUGAGUCGUCCCUGUGCAUCAGGCCUCCUGUGGGCUCUGAGAGUGUCUUUGACAGUAACCAGAAAGAGUCCCAGCGCCUUGGCCAUUUGCUGUGGCCGCCCCUGGCAGAUGCAGCAGGCUGGGCCGAGGCCACCUCAUGCCUGGGGCCUGGCUUUGGCCAGCACUGUUACUUGCCAAAGCUGACCAUGUCCUCAAGCAGGGCCUGUCUCCCUGCAGUGGCAGAGCCCAGGGGCCAGGCAAGGGCCUGCUUGGUGGUGGAUGGGCCAGGAAAUACUUGUCAGCACCCUUGUUCUGUUCAUGGCAUCAAUUAUUGCUGUCUUUUACAAAAGUUUAAAUAAAAUGUUUCCAAGCAUC